AUGGGUGUUGGUGUCAGUUGCCUCGGUCUGGGUGCGGCCUCAUGGGCAACGUCGUGCCUUGCCUCUUGCUUUUCUGCAGCAGCAUGUUCUUUAGCGUUCAAAUCUUGUAAUUGCAAUAGUUCUAUUGCGACUAGAGUCGGUUAUGCGAUCGUUCUUCUUAUGAAUUCCAUGUUAGCAUGGAUAAUGUUAACAGAUUGGGCGAUCAAACAAUUAGAGAAGAUAACGUAUGAGUACCUGAAAUUAGAUUGCGAAGAGGGAACUUGUUACGGAGUAUUAGCCGUACGUUCAUUUCAUUUUGUUCAAAUAUCAGAUAUCUUGCUCGGCUACAUUUUUCUGUUUAUUGAAAUCUAUAAUUAG